UAACGAGCCCCCACUGGUACCGUCCCGUUUCUCAGAGCAGACUGUUGAACGACGAGGUUUCAGUCUCACUUUAUUCUCAAUUUGUCGAUCAACGGGGGGUAACUGUUUGGUAACAGGAGGAACGAUCACUGCUGAGCAAAACAGACGGAUAAUCACAUAGAAUGGCAUCGUCCAUGGUGGCUGUUCCGUCUGGAACAGCUUCGGUCCCAGCUGGUACUGGUAUCGGGCAGAGCGAAGAGGUGGAGAAUGGAGAUGUCUUUAGCGAGCGUAGCAUAAAUGCUGUUGCCAGCUGCAACGAGAGCUCCAGUCCCGGUGAUGCUCUGGAGGAGAUCAAUUGCGGCAAUGGCGAGAAUGGAGAUGAGGAGUGCGCCAUAUGCAUGGGCAAGCUGUGCUCACCGAGAGUGCUCUCUUGUCUCCAUGUGUUUUGCGAGGCUUGCCUGGACAAACUACUGAUGGACGAGGCCGGUGAUCCGAAGGUCAGCUCGGUCCUCGUCUGUCCGAUCUGUCAGCAAGAAACUUCCAUUAGCUCUAAGGGCGCCGCGUCGCUCACCUGCGACUACGUUCUGACUAAUAUACUCGACAUGUCCGCGAUCGAGAGCAUGGCUGUGCUCUGUACCUCGUGCAAAGCCAAAGAGAGCGCGGUCGCACGAUGCUCGGACUGUGCCAACUUCUUGUGCCCGAGCUGCAACUGCGCGCAUCAGUUCAUGCGAUGCUUCGAGAGCCACAAGGUGGUCGCGUUCGAAGACAUAAAGAAGUCCAACGAAGCUAUACCGAUACAUAAACCUAUUUUUUGCGAGUUUCAUCCGGCUGAGAAUAUGAAGUUUUACUGUUACACUUGCCAGGAACCAAUAUGUAAUGAAUGUUUGCUUGUCGAGCAUAAAGCUCCUGACCACCAGUACGAACGACUAGUAGACGCAGAACCACGGCAAAAAGAAGAAUUAAUCAAAUUAGUGAACGAAAGUAAAGCGAGGAUCGCUGAUUGCGAUCAGGUGUCCGCGCAGCUGGACAACGCGCUCAGAGAGCUUCAGACGCAACACGAUCAGGCGAAAGAUCUGAUUAUAGAAACGUUUCAGAGUUACAAGGCUGUGCUAGAGAAAUGUCGUGACAACGCAUUGGUCGAGCUCGAGAAGUUGCAUUCCAACAGGGAGCUGGAAAUAAUGGAUACAUUUCACAGUGUCGAGAAGACCGUAGAGAAGAUCGAGAACGCCUGCCGUUUCACCUCAAGACUUCUGGAACACGGUGACGCCGUGGAGAUCCUUGCACUUCGUCGCAUCGUCGGGACGCAGUUAAUGAAUCUGAUAAAAAACACACCGAAGCCGAAUGUCUCCUUCUCCAUUGAAUUUCAGACCGAUUACAAUCAGUUCGAAAAAGCGUUAAAGGAGGUGUUCGGUAAAUUUCACACAGAGAGCACGCCGACGGUAAAAAGCGAACCGAUCACCACUGUGUCAGGCGUGACCACGAGCCAGCAGAUCGUUCAUACCUCGAUGGGCUGUCCCCGUUCCAUUAGCACAAGGUCUCCCAUAUCUCUUCCCGCGUCAGUGCAAUCCUCGUUCGAAGGUGAACCCCCGUUCGUUAUACCGCCCACGUCGAGUCCCCAGAAUAUACCACCUCCAGCGCCGCCCGUUUCCCUUCCGCCAGGUCCUAUCCACGGCCUCACCAGUAUUCAGGAGUACAAUCUGCAGCAGCUGGCCAGUCUGGCGGAGAAGGUCGAGAUGGUCGGAGACACAAAUGUAGUUGGGCCCAGCUCAAAUCCAAGCCCAACCCCGCCUUUCACUCUGGCAGAUUUGUUUGCCGGCGAUCUGAGCUCGACCAGCCACGCGAUCAAUAAUCUACAGGCACUGGCGAAGUUGGGGAACUCGCUUGGCAAUCAAGAUCUGGGAAACGCGGCAAUUAACGGUGGUAGCGGUUUGGUAUUGGGCAGAGGUCCGUCACCAGCGAUCGUAGACACGCCGAAUUUAACUCUGGCUGCAAACAGUCUCUUAAAUGGAGGAUUCCAACCGUUGUCGUCCUCCAGUUCACCGAUUUUGUCACAGGUUACUGAUGACUUGAUGGGAGACUCGAUACACAACAUGCCAGGGGUAGGGCCAAACACUGUUGGCAACGUAACUGGUUCUGGAUCCGGUAACUACGCCCAUCCACGGUCGAACAACGCGAAAUUAACGCCCAUGCAUAUCCGAUCUAAAUUUGGGCAGUUAGGCCCCAGUAAAGGUCAAUUCAGUUCACCCCAUGGUUUCUGUUUAAGUGCCGACGAAGAUAUCAUCGUCGCCGACACGAAUAACCAUAGAAUUCAAAUAUUCGAUAAGACUGGCAUUUUCAAAUUCCAAUUUGGUGUUCCUGGCAAGGAGGAGGGACAACUGUGGUAUCCCAGGAAGGUCGCCGUAAUGCGAAACAGCGGGAAAUUCGUUGUCUGUGACCGCGGGAACGAGCGUUCCAGAAUGCAGAUAUUCACGAAGAACGGUCACUUUAUCAAAAAGAUAGCGAUUCGUUACAUCGAUAUUGUAGCUGGCCUAGCUGUAACCAGCGAGGGUCACAUAUUGGCUGUUGAUAGCGUGUCGCCGACGGUGUUCGUGAUCAGCGACACGGGCGAUCUAUUGAGGUGGUUCGACUGCAGUGAAUAUAUGAGGGAACCAAGUGAUAUUGCUAUUAGUGGUAAAGAAUAUUUUGUGUGCGACUUCAAGGGGCACUGUGUGGUGGUGUUCAACGAAGAAGGCAAGUUUUUGCGUCGCAUUGGCUGUGACAAUGUAACUAACUUCCCGAACGGGAUAGAUAUUAGCGAUGCAGGAGACAUAUUGAUAGGAGACUCACACGGUAAUCGUUUUCACGUGGCUGUUUUCUCAAGAGACGGUUCGCUGAUUUCUGAGUUUGAAUGUCCAUACGUCAAGGUGUCUCGAUGUUGCGGCUUGAAAAUAACAUCCGAGGGAUACAUCGUGACGCUGGCCAAGAACAAUCAUCACGUCCUCGUGUUGAACACUCUUUACAUAUCAUGAAGCGAGGAGGCAGACCAAACAAGCAUGUCGGAAUUAUCUCCCGCGAGCGGAACUUCCUUGUGAGAAAACAAAAACAAUAUCGCUCUACUCUCAACGAAGGACAAAUCGACAGGAAAGAGAAAAAAAUAGGGAAAAAAAUGGAAGAAGAAGAAACGCCAUAAUUGGCGAUCACCGCGAAGUUCUUUUGAGAUUUGGGCCUAUCGAAGCAAUAGAAAAACAAGUGCAGCAUGCAGCUUUAAUAGUCUGUAACAACAAGAGAAAAAGGAACAAAAACCUUUUAAAAAAAAAGAACAUACACACACACACACAGAAGUUUAAUGCGUCCCUGUUUUAUGAAAGUAACACAACAACGUCGAAACGAUGAACAAUGGUGUGAACGUACGUCUCCGACCAACAAAAGUGAGAAGAACAAACAAACAAACAAAAAAAAAA